AAAUACAGCUGGAGAUGUACUUUCUUCAAUCUAUAAACUGUACAAACGUUAUUAAAUCAUUGAAUAUGGGUCAAUUCGAAGUGAAAUGUUCACCACAGUUAAACUGGCAUUGUUGUUUUAGACCAAUUUCCAACUCAGUUUAUGAUCUAUGAAUAUGGAUGUACAGCGCAUGUGACAUAAGUAAUAUGUAAACUUGUAUAGUUAAUAUGGAUGACUAUUUUUUUAGUUAGGGAUUUAGAUUCACUAGUGGUUUUAAGGAAUUAUUCGGGUUAUGUUCAUGUCACAAGCAUUAUGAAUUCUUAUCAUAACUACCCCAGUUCCUUUGAAGUUGUUGGCGAAUUCAAAGUUUUAUAGUGGGAGUGGGUUUCAGAGACAUGAACUUAAACCUCUGACCUAAUUCUGUGAUCGGGAAUUAAAUUAGAUAUCAUACACUGCAUGAUUCAUUGUAUAUUGCCAUCAAAUUUACCUUAACUAUGCUAGUUUGGAAAAUUAUAUUAGUAUAUUUGUACUUUAAGCGGAGUUAAUAUAUUAAUCGAGAAGUGUCAAGUGAUUUCAUAUCUCAGGUGAGUUUAAACAACGACUCCUUACCAAUAUUCUAUUAUUAACUCUGAUUGUACAUUAUCCCAGUAUUCACACCUAGACGAUGCAUUUGGCAUAUGAAAGGUGAAGAUAACGAACAGUAAUCAUUUUCAUAGCUCCUACAAGCAAUACAAAAUAGAAUUGGCCAAAUACUAACCAUAUAUUUUUACCCAUUGCUUAGUUACAAAACGUCAUCAGGAAAAACCAAUCAUCAAUCAUAUAUAGGUUAUGCUUGAAUGCAUAAAUUGUGCAACAUUUGCAACAUUUGGAAAUACUUAGGAUGUUGCUAUUUCCACUGUAAAGUUAACCAAGAGUUUUCAUAUCAGGUACCACUUUGGAGCAGUUCUCAUUCAACAAUAUAAAUUCAAAGUUAAACGGAAUAAGUGGGGCGUAUAUUUUUUAACAUCUGAUCUCUUGACAGACAUAGUUGUUAAAAACAUAAAUAUAGUACUGGUAAUACUGUUUUAUUACAAUGUAUAUAUGUAUUUGUUGUCUGCGUUUUCGUGAAAAGCCCUGGUGCAAAUAAAGAUACGCUGAUAUGCAUUACUCUGUAUUUUUGUCCUCUGUUACCAUUCUAUCGUCUCUGGGUGUUUUAGAAUACACUAAAUCAGACCUGUACACAGUAGCUGUUCACAACACAUGAUGUGGUGUACUCGAGUACCAUUUCAUUCAGGAAAACUAUUUCUUACAUCACAACAGAUAAAUCAUUUUUCUAAAUUCUUGAUAGACUACGAUCUGCUCAAUGUCUUCCUUAAACAGAUAUCAGAUAUUCGGUCACUAUUGAAGCAUAUUGUUUUGUUGAUUACACCAAUGAAUUUAUUUGAGACUCACCACAUGAUGAAAAUGCACAUCGACGAAUUAUUUAAAGUGUAAAAUAUAUAUGCUAUUUGGAAUGGGUUUUCAGAAAACUAAUUUUGGAGAUGGAACAUAAUUUCUUUUUAGGAACUGCCAUAAGUGCUUCACUCAAUUAUUGAUAACAUGUACCAAUCCGCUCUACACAGUAGCAUGGCUUGUGAGGCAUGGUACCUUGUUUUCAGUAUCGUACUUAAGUUCAGUUUAUUAAAUGAAUGAAUAAUUUCAAUAUAAAAAGGCAUAAUGAGGCAUUGUAAUGACAAAUAAUACUCCUGAACAAUGAUUGGAAAGAGUACAUGUCAGAAUUAUCGAAAUGAAAUAUUGUUUUAGUCAAUGUUUUGAUAAAUUGACUUUACAUUUUUUAUUUUUAUGAUAUGGAAAUCAUAUCAAGGGAAAGUGACAUAUAAUAUCUAUAAAAUCCCCUCAUUACCUCCAAAAUUCCAAAACAAGAGUUUAGGCUUAAAUUAUACUGUAAGGGUUUUUUUCGAGUCGAUGUGGCCCCCGCAAACUUAUAUAACGUAAAGACUGACUAGGGUUACAUAUAUUUUCGUUUUCGUUGACUUAUCUGUCAACACGAUGACUGUUGUCAUAAUUUUGAUGAUGUUAUGUCUUGGAUACCAUUAUGCGAAUGCCUGCAAAUGUGUUCCACGUCACCCACAAGAACAAUUCUGUGAUGCAGAGUUUGGUAUGUAUAUUUUGUAGAAUUUCAGAUCAAUUUUCAUGCCAACUUUUAAUUGUCAUUUGGAAUACAUCGAACAUCAAUCCUUUGAAGAUUCGUGCAUUCCUUUGAACGUGCAACAAAUUCAGUUUAUUGUGACUUGCACAUUUAACAUUUUUAACGUUCUUUAUUUAUGGAGAAGAUUUCUAAUAAGUAUAAUCAAGAACGUUAUACUCAUUUAAUUAUUAGCAAUAUUUCAGUUCAUUUUUUUCUUGUUUUAAAAUGCUGUGAGAUACAUGAUUCUGUAUGAAUGUUUAAUCAAUUACUCGAAUAUCCUGUUUAGCAAUGCUUUUUCAGCUGUUAAAGCAAAACUUCUUUCUCGAAGAGAAGACCCAGACUGUCCAAUCGGAGAAGGCAUGAUUUAUACGAUUGAGAUACUAGAGGAUUUCAAGCCGCAAAUGAAUCCAAAGUAUGUAAAAGAACAGAUACGUGAGGUUUUCACAAGUGAACAAUCCUGUGGUAUAUCAUUGGAAAUUGGAGAAAUCCAUUUCAUAUCAGGGACAUUAAAGGAAGGCCGCUUCAUCACGAACCGGUGUGAAUGGAAUUCACAAUACGAUGCAUUGGAUUUCUUUCAACGUCAUGUACUAGAGAAUGGGCUUUACAGAUCUGGCUGUGAUUGCAAGAUUCAAGAUUGCUCAUACACAUACUGUCGAGAAUCCUUUGAAUCUUGUGCCAUGCCUUCAAACAAGAUAUGUUUUCAUAACAAGAAUGCUUGCAUAUACAACCAUACGUGGAAAAUAUGUAAAUGGCUCUCAUCAAGAUGUCAGUAAUAAUUGCAAGUGUAUCUCCACGUAUGAUCACAAUCCAGGGUCAAAAUGUUGGAUCCCCUCCCAUUCUUGAGAGAGAGAGCUAGAUCUUCACGAUGUCUAUGCACUCUUCGAAAUACCUUAGCCCAUGUGAUAGC